AGGCCCAUGUGUACGUGAGGGAGAGGGAGUGAGGGAGGGAGCUGAUUUCAAAGUGCAACCGGAAAACUGCUCCUUCAUACUCUGUACUCUGAUAAGUCCAGUAAGAGUAAAAUACAGGUUGCACUUUUACAUAAUCUAAACAGCUAUGGAUCAGAUUCUGACCCUCCCUGUGAUAGCGGCCCUGAGCUUGGUGGCAGUGUCAGUGCUGUACCUCCUCUUCAGAGGCUCAGGAGGAACCCAGAAGAAAAGGAAGCUGCUGGUGACUUUGCAGGAUGCCACCAUCAAAUAUCCACUCCGUCUUAUUGAUAAAGAGGAAAUUAGUCAUGACACCAAGAAGUUUAGAUUUGGUUUGCCGUCUCCAACCCAUAUCCUGGGACUGCCAAUAGGUCAGCACGUGUACCUCUCCGCCAAAGUCAACGGCAGUCUGACUGUGAGGGCGUACACCCCGGUCACCAGCGACGAGCACCAGGGAUACGUGGACCUCGUAGUCAAGGUUUACUACAAGGACUCCCACCCAUCCUUCCCCGCAGGCGGGAAGAUGUCGCAGUACCUGGACGACAUGGCUGUGGGGGACGCCAUCGAUUUCCGAGGACCUAGUGGCUUGCUAGUGUACAAUGGGAAUGGUAAAUUCUCCAUCCGCCCUGACAAGAAGUCUGAACCAAAGAUUAAGACGUUCAAACAUAUUGCCAUGAUAGCUGGUGGAACAGGUAUCACUCCAAUGUUGCAGCUGAUUCGCAGCAUCGCAGCAGACCAUAUGGACGACACAAAAUGUUAUCUCAUAUUUGCUAACCAGACUGAGAAAGAUAUUCUACUAAGAGAAGAGUUGGCAGAGGUGAAGGCUAACCACCCGGAUACACUGGAACUAUGGUUUACUUUGGAUAAACCUCCAAAAGACUGGAGCUACAGUUCAGGAUUUGUGACAAGUGACAUGAUCAAAGAGCACUUCCCGCCUGCAUCCAGCGAUGUUCUCAUCGUCCUGUGCGGCCCACCCCCCAUGAUUCAGUACGCCUGUCUGCCCAAUCUGGAGAAACUGGGCUACAAAACAGACAACAUCUUUGCAUAUUAGAGUAGUCUAUGAUGUGGCCCAGGGCUACCCUUCAUCGUGGCUAACAGUGUUGACAGUGAAGGACACGGCUGGGACUUAGGCCUGUGUCAUCUAAAGGGAAGGACUUAAUGCAAACACCUGAGGAUUGUGAAGUACUUGUGAAUGAGUGACCAUCAAUGGUGGAGUCUUUUGCUGUUCAUGUUUUUCAUUUUUGUAGUCAACAUUAUGACCCAUACCAACUGUCAUGGACUAUGAAGUGAUUGAGAAAAUGCUGUAUAUAUGAGCCUUUGAAUAAAAAUUAAAAAACAAUUGCAAAAAG